AUGCUGCGCGGCUCCGCUCUGCUCGUGCUCGUGCUCGGCUCCGCCGCGUGCUUCGAGCUGCUUCCGGAGGAAGUGGCCCCCCGCCGGGCGCGCUUCUCCGCCAACAGCCCCACUGAUGUGGCCAGAUGUUUGACCGGUGCUGUGUCUGUGGGCUGCGGCUUCUUCUCUUGUCUGGAGAACUCGACCUGCGACACCGACGGGAUGCACGAGAUCUGUGAACUGUUCCUCCACACGGCUGCUAGCUUCAACACAGAGGGUAAAACCUUUGUGAAGAAGACUCUUCAGUGCAUCUCCCAGGGAAUCUCAUCCAAGGUUUUCCAAACCAUCCGGCGCUGUAACAUCUUCCAGAGGAUGAUCGCUGAGGUGCAAGAGGAGUGUUACACCAGUCUGGACAUCUGCACCGUGGCUCGUAGUAACCCCGACGCCAUCGGAGAGGUGGUGCAGGUACCGGCUCACUUCCCCAACAGGUAUUACAGCACGCUGCUGCAGACGCUGCAGGCGUGCGACGAGGACACGGUGGCGAGCGUGAGGUCCGGCCUCAUCGCCCGGUUGGGCCCGGACAUGGAGACCUUCCUCCAGCUCGUCCAGAACAAGCCGUGCGCUGCGGGCGCCGGCGCCGCCGCCUACAACAACCCGUCCAGCUGGAGGAACAUGCCCGUGUUCAACGUCCAGCCCGGCUUCCGAGGCCGAGACCCCACCCACCUGUUCGCCAGGAGGUCUGUGGACGCCGCUGAAGGCGACGUUACAGAGAACUAG